AGAUGAUUGCUAUCCAAGUGCAAAUCAAAAUCAAAAUUGGCCGAGCUCAGAUAAUUAACACAAAAUCAUUAGCUUAUAUUGGCGAAAAAGUGUUGCCAUGAAUUAAUCCUUUUCUAAUUGUAUUGCUAAAUCUCUCAAGCUUUUAUGAUGGAAACGUCGGAAAAGAAAAAAUCCAAGAAACACCGACAGGAAGCUGAAGUUCCCGCGAACGAGCAGGUUUUCAUCCAACCUUCAGAGGAGCCCGCUGUAUAUCGUGCGGCAAAAUGGCCUCUUCUACUGAAAAACUUCGACAAAAUGAACGUGCGGACCAAUCACUACACGCCGCUGCCCCACGGCUGCUCUCCCCAGCAGCGGGAUAUUAAGGAGUACGUGCGGAGCGGUUUCAUCAAUCUGGAUAAACCAUCCAAUCCCUCCAGCCACGAAGUGGCAGCCUGGAUUAAGCGUAUUCUGCGCGUGGAGAAAACAGGCCACUCCGGUACGUUGGAUCCCAAAGUAACGGGUUGUCUGAUCGUCUGCGUGGAGCGCGCCACCCGUCUGGUGAAAAGCCAGCAGAGUGCCGGAAAAGAGUACGUAGGCAUCGCUAAAUUCCACAGUCCCGUGGAGGAUGAAAAGAAAUUACUGCAGGCCAUUGAGAAUCUGACCGGAGCCUUGUUUCAGCGUCCUCCACUUGUUGCCGCUGUCAAACGGCAGCUGCGCAUUCGCACCAUCUACGAGAGCAAACUGUUGGAAUUCGAUAAAGAGAAGAGCUUGGCAGUAUUCUGGGUUAGCUGCGAAGCGGGAACCUAUGUCCGGACACUAUGCGUCCAUCUUGGAUUGUAUUUAGGCGUCGGCGGCCACAUGGAAGAACUGCGCCGCGUGCGAUCGGGUAUUCAGAAUGAGAAGGCCAAUCUGGUCACCAUGCACGAUGUUAUGGAUGCGCAGUGGAUGUAUGACCACAUGCAGGAUGAAUCGUACCUCCGACGGGUUAUUCAGCCGCUGGAAGCCUUACUGAAAUCCCAUAAGAGAAUCAUCAUGAAGGAUAGUGCGGUAAAUGCCGUAUGCUACGGCGCGAAGAUUCUCUUGCCUGGCGUGCUGCGGUUUGACGACGGGAUCGAAAUGAACCAGGAGAUAGUGGUCAUCACCACCAAGGGUGAAGCGGUUGCCUUGGCUGUGGCACUGAUGACCACCGCUGUCAUGGCCACCUGCGAUCAUGGUGUAGUGGCUAAAAUUAAGCGCGUCAUUAUGGAUCGCGAUACCUAUCCGAGGAAAUGGGGUCUUGGCCCAGUGGCGGCAAAAAAGAAACUAAUGAUUAAGAGUGGCAUCUUGGAUAAGCACGGAAAACCUAAUGAGAAGACACCGACUGAUUGGCAGAAAAUGUACGUGGAUUAUCAGUAUAAUCCAUUGAAAGCUGAAGAUGGAGCGAAAGUCAAGGAGGAGAAAAUAGACAUUCCCGACUACAACGCGGCCUGGCAGAGUGUCUCGGCAGAGAAAGUCGAUCCCGAAGGUGGUGCUGAACAUCCACAAGAGAAGAAAAAGAAGAAGAAAAAUCGAAAUCAGAGCCCACGGAAGAAGUUGAGUAGUUUUAGUGGUCCUAUUUUGUUACUGUAAAUUCCGAAUUGUUUCCACCCUUGUGGAUAAAAUAAUUUUGUUAUUCAUAAAUAUGCGUAUUUCAUUUUUUUCUGCUCAUGUAAAUUUGUUUUCUGUGGGUAUAAGGAAAAAAGCAACAGUUCCAAAAUUGGUACAACAAAAA